AUGUUUGUGUAUACGCUCGGUCUGUUUGCGGUAGCGCUUUAUCUCGGUCUCCGGUAUGUCUACACGUACUGGGCCCGUCACGGAUUGGCCCACCUGCGUCCCGAGAUACCGUACGGUAAUUUGCGCGCCCUGGCCGAAAAACGUGAAUCGUUCGGUGUGGCCGUAAAUGCACUGUACGAUCGCAGCACGGAACGGUUGGUCGGUGUGUAUCUGUUCUUUCGGCCAGCGAUUCUUGUGCGUGAUGCACACCUUGCCAAGCGCAUUAUGGUGGCCGACUUUCAGCACUUUUACGAUCGCGGUGUGUUUUGUGACGAGCAUCGGGAUCCACUGUCGGCCAAUCUGUUCGCACUGCCCGGAACCCGGUGGAAGCGGUUAAGAGCGAAACUUACACCGACCUUUACAUCGGGCCAGCUGCGACAGAUGAUGCCAACGUUUUUGGAGGUUAGUAAGAAACUUUUCCAUCAGCUAGAACCGUUGGCGGUGGAGGGACGUGUGGUGGAUGUGCGAGAUAUUGCCUCGCGGUACGUGCUGGAUGUGAUUGCGUCGGUUUUCUUCGGCUUCGAGGCGAACUGUUUGCACGAUCCGGAUGAUCCGUUCCUGCGAGCACUGGAGGACAUUAACAAUCCGAACAGCUUCGUGAACAAUAUCCGUUCGGCGGGUGUGUUUGUGUGUCCGGGAUUGUUGAAGUUCAGUGGUCUAAGCUCGUUGCCGCCCGGGAUACGACGGUUUGCGAUGGAAGUCGUUACGCGCCAGAUUGAACAUCGUGAGCGUAACCCGCAGGAGCGGAGGAAAGACUUUAUGCAAUUGCUGAUCGAUUUGCGGCGUGAGGCGGAUUGCGAUGAUGGUGGAUUAACGAUCGAACAGUGUGCUGCGAAUGUGUUUCUGUUCUAUGUGGCCGGUGCCGAUACGUCGACCGGUGUCAUCUCGUUUACGAUGCACGAACUUACGCACAACCGGGUAGCGAUGGUUAAGGCACGGCAAGAAAUUGACGCGGUGCUGGAACGGUACGGAGGUACCAUUAGCUACGAGUGUUUGGCGGAGCUAAAGUAUCUCGAUUUGUGCGUGAAGGAAACGUUACGAAAGUACCCAGGAUUGCCAAUAUUGAAUCGUGUUUGUACCAGGGACUACCCCGUGCCGGAGAGUGAUGUCGUGAUACGGGCAGGUACGCAGGUGAUUAUACCACUGCUCGGUAUUAGCAGGGAUGAGAAGUAUUUCCCCGAUGCCGAGGCUUACAUGCCGGAACGGUUCGAUGAGCAGGCACCGAACCAUGAUCCGGAUGCGUACUACCCGUUCGGUGUUGGACCUCGCAACUGUAUCGGACUUCGGCAAGGAAUCAUACUGUCGAAGAUUGCGCUCGUACUGAUGCUGUCACGGUUCGAGUUUGAAGCCACCGUACCGCAGAAGGUCCGGUUUGAGCCGGCUAAUGUUACGCUUAUGCCGUACGGGGGACUUCCGGUGCGGAUUGCAUUGCGUGCGGAACGUGCUAAAGAACUGUCCGCUAUUUGA